CCUCAGAUGAUGGGAGUGUCACCAAGAACCAGCAGGACUGAAGCUGACAUAACGCAUUGAGCCUCGCCCCGAUCAGCUGUUGUGCCGUCAGCAGCCCACUAGACCACCCCUGCCCCUUACCCUUCCCCUGCGCCUGGCCGGACUGCUUUCUCUCUCCGCGUCACUCACCGGAAGCGUGGCCGUGCUCGCCGCCUCUGCUUGGGAAAUACCCGGAUGUGCAUGACACAGGUCAUUCUGUCAGUCUAUGUGUAACUGUGCAUUUGCUGGCAUUGUUCUUUAUUGUAACUAUUUAGCUUUGGUAUAAUUCGGAAAGGGCAAUUUUCUCAUUUUAUCGAUGGAAGGAAAUAUAACAUAUAUAACCACUUCGGUCCCCUACUCUUUCCUCAUGAAUCGAAGUACACGGUAGCACCUGGGCAGGGCCUGGCACUGUAGCCCCCGCCCGAUGCCAACGGCCUUUGUCACGUGGUCGUGGGCGGCGGUGCGGGCGUAGGGCUACCGGGACCACACCCACCCACGUCUUCAGCUUUCCCUUCCUUCAGUGUGGCCGUGUGUCGUGGCAGCCUCUGGGUGUGUGCACGCUGAGCCCCGAGCCGUGCAGCACGGCACAGCUCCGCCCCACCCUUGACGUGCAGCCCAGUCAGCACGCCCAGUCACUCCUGCCAGCGUGCGUUACUGAGUACUUGACACACGGCACGUGGCAACGCGGCAGGUAUGUGGGCCACGGCAGAAAACUGGCACCACCCGGGCCAAGCGGCAGUAUCGCCCUGCUGGCUGCGGGAAUGAGGUGGGGCGAGCGGCCGGCCUUCCCAAGAGAAAGUUUGAGGACGUGUCUGCUCGUGUUCCGGGAGGCUGUCAUCAUGAUGGCGCUGCUCCUCUUCUACAACACAAGGAUGGUGACGUGGGCGGGACACAUCGGUCUCCCGUUCUGACUGGCUUCAGUGGCAUAAGAUUACAAUGUAUGUGGGACAGUAACGUGUGAAAUACCGUUAGAGGUGAAGUGGCUAUCGCGUGAACAUGGGAAGUGACGGGACGCGGCUAGGGGCAGCGGCGGUGAUGGUGGCGGUGACGAUGACGGUGACGGCAGGCUUCACGGCAGUGGUGGCAGAGGAGUGUGUGGUUGGGGCGGGCUGCUCCCAGUGCCCCGCCGGGCACUUCACGCGUGCCACCAACGGCUCCCUGCUGUGCUGCGGGGGCUGUGCUGCCGCUGCCCUCUACCACGGGGACUUCCCCUCCAGCUGGUGUGCCUGUUACCCGGACCCGACAACCCAGAGUCCGAUGGCCCCUCGCAUGAUCCGCUUCCCGGGGCCUUCCAGCCUAAACCCUGCCGUCGCUGGGGAUUCCCUGACCGCCCCCUCCUUCAGGGACGCCCUCUACAUCCUGAACAAUGGAGCAGGCGGACCUGUAAAGAAGGGCCGCGAGGUCUUUGCAGGCUACCCGGAGGACAGCGGGGCUCGCGUAACUGGCGUCGGCGUCUCCCCGGCGGUGCAGCAAGCCCUCACGCUGCUCGCUGACACCCUCGAAAGCCUACACGCCCGGGUCUCUCGGCUGGAGGCCAUCAUCGCACGCACGCAAGACCUUCAACACUCCGGCAGCAUCAACCGCGUGGGCACCGCCCCGCCGCCCCUCACCCCGCUGCCCACGGAGAGGUCGUGCCCCACCAACUACUCCAGGAUAGGCGAUGACUGCUACUACGUCUCCAUGUGGCACGACUACCGAGCCAUCUGGAAGGACGCCAUGACGGCCUGCGAGGGUCUGGACGGCAAGCUGGCGGAGCCCAUCACCCGCCUUGACUUCCUGGACCUGACGCGGCAGAUCAGCUCCGUCUCGGCUGCCAGCGGCUUCAGCUUCUGGCUGGGCGGUCUGUACCCCGGCGUGUCGUGGCUGUGGUCCUACGCCGGGGAGGAGGUGACCCUGAGCCCCGCCUACUGGGUGGCGGAGGACUCGUCGGGCCGGAGAGUCACGCCCGGGGACACCUCCUUGGGCCGCUGCCUGUCCCUGGCCUACCGCGUCAAGCCGGCCAAGUACUACUUCAGUGCGGACGAGUGCGGCUUCGAGAAGUACUUCAUAUGCCAGCUGGUGGAGGGCGGCCAGCAGAGGACAGUGCCGGUGUGAAGAUGCAAGAUGAUUAGAACUGUAGCCGUACACUGUGUUUACCUAUGACCACGUGAAUGUGUGUUGAUGGAUCAAGUGCAGUACUCGCAUGUAUAUGCCCGUGUCUUGAAUGGAAGGGACAGCUGUUUACAAACCUGUGUUCGUUUACUAAGGAUUUCACGUGAUUAAGUUCUGCCACUGAUAAGCCAAUACACAGAGCAAACACGCAAGAAGUAGUUUCACACUUUUAUUACACAAAAUCCACUUAUAAACAGAGAGAGUAUACGUUUGCGUGAGUCCACAGACCAAGAAGCACACACACGAUAAAUUAAUCAAUAGGCGUGUAAAAACAGAAUGUCGAACCAAGAUCUCAGCCUGUAGCUUAGUCAUGCAGGCCUCCGAUGCCAUCGCCCACGACUCCCCUGAGGGGGGCAGGCAGCUGCACGGGGUGGGGGGGCAGUGCUGGGUCAAAAUGUCCUUAUUUGCGCUUGGCGUCACUAAUGUAACGGUCCGAAUGUGAGAGAACGAGAAUGUGAGUAAGUCAGUGAGUGACAGAGUGAUUAAGUGUAAGCGAGUGCGUGAAUGAACGAGAGAAUGUGAGUAAGUCAGUGAGUGACAGAGUGAGUAAGUGUGAGCGAGUGUGAGCGUGGAUGAGUGAAAGAGUGAAGGAGUGAAAGAGUGAAUGGGUGGCUAAGGAAUGUAAGUGCGUAAAAGGUUAUGAGAAGAUAACACGGCGAGCGAAUGAGUAAAUAUCAUGAACGAGAGUUACUGAAAUCCCUCAUCUCAAAGCCUCGAACCCCCCCCAAGAAAUCAAUAACUAGUUAGGUAUGUAGGGUUUGAUUGUAAUGCCGAGAGGGAGUCACGUGAAGAAGGGGGAGGAGCUUAGCGAGGAGCAGAGGCGAGAAGGCGAGGGCAAUGAGACCCACGGGCCAGUGAGGAAGAGCACCACAAGCUUGGGAGACGUGAGGAGACAAGCACCACUGCAGCAAGCUUGGAAGAGGGCGAGAGCACCACAAGCUUGGGAGACGUGAGGAGACGAACACCCCUACAGUAAGGAGCGGCAGCGAGAAAUCACAGAGAAGCGGGCUGGUCAGAGAGGUGUCCAUCUCUCCACUCAGCCCCCCGAAGAACCACCCACGGCCUGCUGUGUGAGGCGGGCUAGUCAGGAGACGAGCAGCAGGAAGCAAGAAAGGCAGCGAGUUGGAGUUGAGUGAGAGAGGUGUCCAUUUCUCCACUCAGCCCCCCCGAAGAACCACCCACGGCCUGCUGUGUGAGACGGACUACAGGAUGGGAACUUGUAUGGCGGGGUAACCUGCCCCUCGACUGCCCGAGUGGCCGUCCUACCACUUCCCUGGUGGCCGAUAUACCACUGCCCCAAGCUGCUCCCUACAUCACGACGAGCGCCCGCCUCUUCACCCGAGCUGCUCCCUCUCCACAUCAAGCGGCGCCCGUCUGUCCAUCACCAGGACCGCCCGUUUCCCAUGUGGACGUCCCCUGCCGAGCCCAACGCUCACGCCAUCUCCUGCUUCUCCUCCUCCAGCAACCAGUGCUAAGCAUUAUGUGUAUUCCCCAAAUCUCCCUUGUGCCGGUAGCUAGUUAGAGUAGAGGCAUACAGCCUGUCAGUCAUUCAUUUGUUAGUACUCUGCCUAACCUUUGAAAAAUGAACCUAACUACAUAUUUAUAUACAACCUUAC